AUGGAUUACAACCCGUUUUCCAAGCUGUUGGGAAUGAUGCCCAAAGUUGACGCCACAGCUACAGAUGAGAUAGUCAAGACGUUCAGCAAGCUAAUUCGGUUUGAAAAAAAAGCGCAGUCGCAGAGAGCCGAGCUUCACCGCCAGAUCUUCGAGUGGGGGAAUAAGCUCCAAGAUGAGAAUGCCAGGAAACUGUUGAAUGAGUUUGCCAAAUGUAUUAAAGAGAGUUAUAUUGCUGAAAACGAUUCAAUUCACAAGCAAGAAAAUGUUUGCUUCCAAGUGAGCAACGUCCAGAAACGCGAGAAGAAGGCGAUGGAUCUCAACACCAGGAAACUGAGGCUCUACAAACAGCUCCGUGCAAGGGAGGGCAAGAAAGGUGAAGAUCUGAGCGUCUCUUUGGCACGUGAAGAGUUGGAGGAGCUCGAUAUUAGCAUUCAGGUUGUCGAGGAGCAAAUGAUCCGUUUUAUCAAUAGUGCUUUAAGAGGCUGCUUGGCCGAUUACGUCUUUACAGUUCAGGCUGGUUGCAUGGAUGUCAGAGGAGCCUGUGAUAUUUUCUUUGAGUGUUUGAAUUAUGACAGUUCUGGAUCGUUCAAGCGUCAUACUCAAGAGGUUAUAGAGAAGACGCCACCUAGAAGUAAGAGCUCCAAUCAUGGCAUUCUGGGAGACGUAUCCAAGACCGUGAACAACCACCAGAAGUCAAACGACAUCAAGAACGAAAACUGUCUUGAGUGUGAAGUCACUGGUCAUAAGUCGAACAGCACCAAGAAUCGUGUUACCAGCAAACUUUUUGGUAAUACGAGACCUGUUACAGUUGAUAGUGAUGCGGCUGCACAGUAUCCCGGUAACCUUGGACUGAGAAUUCCAAGUAAUCUUGGUAUGGCAGAUCCUUGGGUACGUCAUAACUGA